AUGGCACAGAUACGAAUUUAUAAAAACCCCAUUCUCAUCAAAGUCAAAAAUCAAACUUCGAUUAAUGAUCAAGAGGCAUUGCAAAGCAUAAUACGAUACACAGAAAGUGAGGCUGUAAAAAAUCUACCGCAAAAAAAAUUGGAGGACAUACAUAGAUUGCAAGAGCAUCUAUCUGCACGAAGUAAUAAACGCAAGUUCAUCACCAGACCUUUUCCAGGAAUAAUAAAUGAGUUUGAAAGUAGGAAAAGAAAAUUUGAUGGCUUUGAAGGUGAUGGCGAUGAAGCUUGGUCGAUUGAAGAGCAGGGUGAUAAGAAGCGGAGAAGGAAUGACAACAGUGAAACCGAAGGAUCGAGAAUUGAUAUAAAUAGCCGAAAGAGACAAAAAGGUGAAGGCAAAGGAAAUAUGGACAUCGAUAUUAGCGAUAAUAUAGGAUCUAGGAAAUGGAUUGAAAUAAAUUCGGACGAAGCGGAUGAAGGUGAAAGUAGACUAAACGGAAGGGGAGAGUUAAAGAUAAAAAAGGAAAAUAAAAAGAACGUUGAUAAUAAUAGAAAAAAUAAAGAAAAGAAAUUUAAUGGGGUUUCAGGUAGCAAAGAGAUUUUGAAUAAGGAAAGUGAAAAUAAAACGAAAAAAGAAAACUCAAGGCAUAAGAAAAAAAAUAAACAUUUAAACUUAUAA